AUGUUAAUUUGGCCUAUUCUUAUAGGUUUUAUCAUUGUUGAUAUAAUUUUUGCUGCUAAAUGAGUAGAAAAAAGAGAAAAUCAAGAUAGAACUCCAUAUAUGCUCGCCUUCUUAUUUAUUGGGAAUUACAUUCCUUUAGCACUUUUUGAAGUUUAUCAAAAUGAUAUUUAUCUCUGUUUGAAUUCUCUAGGAUUUACAUUUUUAGGAAAUAUCAAUUUUUUAUAUUUUUUGCGGUCUUCUUGAAGCUUUUUUCUCAACUUUCUUCAAUAUUCAAGCUCCUUCUAUUGGUAUUGCUUUUGAAUUUCUGGCUUUGUAUCUCUAACUAUAGAAUAUGAUUACUCUAAACUUGAUAAAGCAUGCUGAUCUUGCUUCUUCGGGAUGAUUAAUCCUCUAUUCUUUUUACUGUAUAGCGUUUCAGCUGAAGAUGCAGAGAAUUUUAUUUUAUUUUUAACUAUGAUGAGUUUAUUUAUUAUCACAUGAACCAAGAUCUAUUAUUGUCAUGAUUUUAGCUGAUAUAUGGUUGGUGAUGUUGUUGAAAAAUAUAAUUAUUUAAUUAUUAUUUCUGCAAUUUUCUUAAUCAAGCGACAUUUCUUCUCUGAAUUGGAUAUUUUUGAUGUUUCUUUUUAUUUUCUCUCCACUUACUUCACUUUUGGAAUUGCAUUUUUAGUAGCAUACUAUUUUACUAUUUCUUAUGUAAUGACUUAUGAUUAUCUUACUCCUCUCUUUAUGAGCCUACUAAAACAUUGUUCGUUCACAGGAGUCAAAAUUUUUUUAAUAAUAAAAAUGCCUAUAUAUUGUCAAUCUAAUAUCAAAGAAUAUUUUGCAAGAUUUAUUUUGUAACUAAUUAAAGCAGAAAUUUAUUUUCAACAUUUAAAUAAUCCAAUUCAAAAGAAUAGGAAGCAAAAUUAAUAUAAUUUGUAAAAUUUAUGUUUUAAAAUGCAGGCUGUUUAAAAUUUAACAGAAUUAGCUCGAAUUUCAUUAUAAUAAUGAUCAAUUAUAUUCAAAAUAUUUUUUCAUAAAACAUUUUUAUAUUAAAAAAACUUUUUGUUCGCUCACGAAGGGUGUUACCCAAAGAAUAUUAAUUUUUCCAAUAGUUUUGUUCGGUGAAGGAGGGGGUAUUAAUGCAGUUUGGAAAGAGCUUCAAGAAAAGAAGCAAAGAUCUUUUCAUAUAGAAGAUACUAUAUGGAAAAUAUGCAAAAUAUAUGCUUUGAUUGCAUUUUUUACGUAUGCUAUGAUUCUUUUCUGCGAUUUGGCUGGCAAUUUAUUAGGAAAAAGUAUAAUUUUGAAAGAAGCUUUAUUUAUGGUUGGAGCUGCAGCAUUUGGAAGCAUUUUAAUUUAUCCAGAAGAUGGAGAUUUCGAUAUUUUUUCUCAUAAUAUAUCAAACUCAUUUGCAGUUUAUUUUGAGGUUUGUAUAGCAAGAAUGAUUUUGCAUAUGCUUUAA